AUGAUCUCAAAGGUCUAUGGUAAACUGUACAAAACGCUACCAAGAUCCUCUGGGUAUUGGGCGCACGCUUACUCACAUCGUUCCAAUUACAGUACCUCUCAAGUCUCAGACGCUCCUAUCAAACCAGUGAAAAUAAUUAAUGCACAACCCAAUCUCAAUUUGGCAAUCACUCAGCGUGCAGCUAGCAGGCUGGGUGAGAUAUUCCGCAGCUCGAAUGAGGUUUUGCGUAUUGGAGUUGAAAGCGGUGGAUGCCAUGGAUUUCAAUAUAACCUGAAACUAAUAAGAAAGGACGAUGCGAGCCAUACUCCAGAGAAUCACGCAAAAACUCGCUCUGAAGAAGACGAAUUUGAAGAUGAUGAUGAAUUUAAUGACAAUAAAGAUAUCAUAUUUGUUUUGCCAGAUAAGGGCGGUGAGGUGGUAGUGGACGAAAAGUCUCUGAAGAUCCUCAACAACACCACUUUGACAUACACAACAGAACUAAUAGGUUCGACGUUCAAAAUAACUGGAGGAAACAUGAAGAGCAGUUGCGGCUGUGGUAGCAGCUUCGAUGUGGAGGUAUGA